AUGUCGUCGCCAGAUCCAUAUUUUCCUGGCCUCAAUAGAAUCCGGUCAGGGCUCUCAGAAGCAUUGGACUACACCCUGCUUCAAGAGAUUGAGGCACCAAACUCUCACGACUUCCCGAAUGGCUACUUUUCCUGUGCUGACUUUUUCAAAUCACUCGGACCGGCAAGCUUCCAUUCUGGCUAUGGCUUCAUGGAAUGGCAUUAUAACAAGAGGAGAGAAGCCCAAAUGAUCCUUCCAUUUCUAUACGUGGGGCCGACAUCUGCAGCAAGGAUCAUUGAAUUUGUGAAAGGCGAAGGAAUCACGUACCUCCUCGGAAUUAGGGAGCCCAUGCCUUAUCACGAACGUAUUGUUUGUGCAGAUAAAUGUGCUGCCCAACUUGGUAUUAAAUCUGACUACAUUGUCCUUGAGGACGAUGAAGAUUUUGCUCAAUCGAUUCCUGACAUCAUCCGCAGCAUCAAUGAUCACUUGUGCUGCUGUCCAGUCCACAUUCAGCCCGCGUCCAACGCUCAGGCACCUAUCUCCGACCGGCCGUUGAAGAAAGUUCUAAUUUUCUGCGAAACUGGUAAUGAGCGUUCAGCAGCCAUUGCCAUCGCCUAUCUAAUGGCUAUCAUGAACUAUGACCUUGUAAAAGCCUUCAUCAAUGUUCAGGGCAGAAGAUGCUGUUGCAAUCUUACAGAUCCAUUGAAGGGCAGGCUGCAUACCUUUGAAUCCGUCCUCACAGCAAAGAGAGAUCUUGCGAAAGCGCAGAGUGACGUCGGCUCCGUGAACGGAAAUCCAGGAGUUUCAAGUCUAAGGAAAAGAGCUAUUGAUGCCAUUCAUGAGGGCGACAGUGCCGUUGAUGUUCCUGAUGUCGACCCGCUCGAAAUGGAUCAACAGCGGUUUGCUUUGAGAAACUCGCAACAACCUUUCAGUGACCGCCUUGAUGACUGA